GGUUUCAUAGUCCAUCUGAAAACCUGGAGCUGUAGAGAACGAGUCUGCUGUCAGGAGAAAGACAUGGAUUUUAUUUCAAAUCUUGGUCCGUCGGCUUUGAUCAAGUCUGUCUCCUCUGUAGGAUCAGAGAUAUCACGAAGAGUGAAAACAGCGUCUGCGCCACCUCAGAGACCUUUCCGUGUUUGUAGUCAUGAACGCAGCACGCGGAAAGGAAUUACUGCUGGAACACUUCGAGAACUUGUGGCAAAGGCUAUGGAUGCUCUCUUCCUGACAGGAAUUGUGAGUUUAGUUCUGGAGGAAGAUGGGACAAUGUUGGACACAGAUGAGUUUUUUGAAACACUCGAAGAUGGUUCAGUGAUCAUGGUCUUGGAACAAGGGCAAAGAUGGAAUCCAAGAAAGGGUGUCUCAUCGUACUCCCUGCAGAAAGAGAAACCAAAGAAUAGUCGGGAUAUUGCACGUAUAACAUUUGAUAUCUACAAGCUAAACCCACGUGAUCUGUUUGGUAGUUUGAAUGUUAAGGCAACCUUCUACGGAUUGUACUCCAUGAGCUGUGAUUUCCAGUGUCUGGGACCCAAGAAAGUGUUCAGAGAGUUUUUAAGAGUCCUAUCAACAACCCUUCAAGGAGUCGGACGCUUGCUGCUCUCUGCCUCCGGAUUGUUAAGACGCCUGCUAGAGGGAUCAGAUCGUUGGCAGACCAACCGAAUCUGCGAGUAUGAAGGUUGAAAACCCAACAUGCAACUUUCCUGUCCAUAAUGCAUGUACUCUCGCUACAUAUAGUAAUAGUGUAAAGGUUGCGCAAAUAU